AAAAGUGGAUAGAAAUUCCUUUAAAAAAAGUGGCUAGCUUGAAAUUGGAAUCGAUGAGGGGUAUUAAAACUUAAUAGAAAAGGAUCUUGAUUAUCCCAGCCUGACCGGCCACCAAGUUGUUGUACCCUCCUUGUCUACAGAAGAAUCUUUAUAGCUAGGCUGCUUCAAUUCUUACCCAUCUCCAUGUAUAGUAGUAGCUAUGUAGUGUAUAUAUAUGCCCGAUAGAUGCCUUGCUCAGCUCUCUCACAACAUCUUCAAGACUCGUACAAUAUAUAAUAUCCUUCAAUUCUUAACUACAGACCAGUCCAACAAACAUAUUUCUUUCUAUAUAUAAAUAGAUAGAUAGAGAAAGAGAGAGUAGUGAAGAAACUAGGCUGCGCUGAGAUAUAGUGUUCUGUUAGACUUUCUAUUUUUAGUAAGUGGUCGAGGAAUAUGACGAUGGGCGGAGAUAAGAAGGCAUACUUGGUUGUGGUGGUAAUACAGACCAUAUAUGCAGGCAUGUUCUUGAUCUCCAAGCUUGCGUUCGAUGAUGGCAUGAACACCUCUAUCUUUGUGUUCUACAGACAGGCCAUCGCCACUCUCUUCUUAGCUCCCAUUGCCUUCAUUGUCGAAUGGUAUGUACGUCCGAAUACCAUGUCCUCGUCCAGCCGGCCGGCCAUCCGUUCAUAAUACUCCCUCCGUCUCUUUGUUAGAUUGACUUUUCUUUGUCAAUUAUGAUCAAGCUGUUUGAGUAAUAAUGUUUUCUAAUAUGAAAUCAUAUUUUUAAUAUCAAAUUUAUAUUAAAAUACGCCUUACUAAAAAACUAAAAAACUAAAAAAACUGAAAAGCUAAGUUUAAAGUAUGGGUGAGUACUGCGUAUUACACUAUUGCUUAUUUAACUGUUCCGUUCAGGCGUUCACUAAUCACGUACCAUUGAAUUAAUUAAUAAUGAUAUCGUUUUUUCGUCAUGAAUAUCUAUCAGGAAGACUGCACCCCAUCUGUCGCUAACAACUUUCAUUAAGAUAUUUAUGAUCUCCUUGUGUGGGAUUACAGCGAGUUUGAACAUCUAUGGCGUAGCCGUGAAGUAUACUUCAGCAACAUUAGCAGCUGCCACUACAAACAGCCUCCCGGUGGUGACUUUCAUCCUUGCUCUUCUUUUGAGGAUGGAAACGGUGAACCUUAGAUCGGUUGGUGGGCUGGCAAAGGUAUUGGGGGUAGCUCUAUGCACAGGGGGAGCUGCAACCAUCGCCUUCUACAACGGACCUACCCUAAAGCUACUUUUACAUCACCACCUUAUCAGCCACCAUGACCAACAACAUCAACAAAAUGCUGCUUCUGGCAACACAUGGGUCAAGGGUGUCUUUCUUAUGCUCCUAGCUAACGCUUGUUGGAGCUUAUGGAUUGUCGUACAGGGGCAUAUUGUGAAGGUGUAUGAUUGCAAGCUUCUAAGCACAGCUCUUCAAUGCGGUUUGAGCACCAUACAAUCAUUUGUGAUAGCCAUUGCGUUGGUGAGAAAUCCGGUGGAGUGGCAGCUUGGAUGGAAUAUCAAACUUCUGUCCAUUAUUUAUUGUGGAGUGGUAGUGACAGGAUUGACAUUUUAUUUGCAAGCCUGGGUAGUUGAGAAGAAAGGUGCACUUUUCUUGGCCAUGACUACACCUUUGUCUUUGAUCAUCACCAUAGCCAUUUCAGCUGUCCUUUUGGGAGAGAUUGUGAGUUUGGGAAGCAUUCUAGGAGGAGUUUUGCUGGUGGGAGGACUAUAUAGUGUUUUAUGGGGAAAGGCUGAGGAGCAUAAAUUGGGAGCGGUCACAAAGGUUGACAUUGAGAACGGUGAUGACUUCGCCAAGAAUGAGGAGGACAAUAACAAUGGUGGCAUGGAAACUAAAAUUCCGCCCAAUCAAAAUAAUUUAAUAAACCGUGCAAAUUCUUGAGUGUGCUUGGCCCGCCAUACACGGAUGCUCUGUGCCUUUGUUCUCUUAUUUCAAUACUAUAAUUUUAUCUAAUUGUUUUCUCCAUCUAUUGUCAAAAUAUCAGUUUCAAAAUUCUUAAUAAUAAAGAUCAG